AUGACCACAAAGCUCGUCACCGUCGUCGGCGCCACCGGCCAGCAAGGCCAAGCUGUCGUCGCUGCCUUCACGAACAACCCCGCCUACCGCGUCCGCGGUCUAACCCGUAACCCAGACAGCGCCGCAGCCAAGGCCCUCGCCUCGCAAGGCGUCGAAGUCGUCAAAGCCGAUCUCAACGACUUCGACACCGUAGCCGCCGCAUUCGCGGACUCGCACAUAAUCUACGCCGUGACGGACUUCUGGGCGUUGUACCAGAAAGACGGAUUCGAGAAAGCCCGCGAUACGGAACGCCAGGAGGGCUAUAAUAUGGUUAGAGCUGCUGCUGCGGUUCCGACGCUCGAGCACUACAUCUGGAGCACGCUUGCCAAGCCGAAAGAGGAGUAUCCCGUGUAUCACUUUGACGGGAAGUUUGCUGUUGAUGAGCUUAUUCGCAAGGAGUAUCCGGACUUACAUGCGAAGACUACAUUGAUCCUCGUCUGCUUCUACGGGAAUAAUCUCCAGAUCGCAUCGAUGAGGCCGUACUGGAUAGAGACGGCGCAGAAGUACGUCCAGUUCACGACGUAUGAUCCGCAGUUGAUCAUCCCGUUUAUCGGGGACGUGAAGAAUCUUACGCCCUUCAUCGAAGCUAUCGUCUCCAGUCCAGCCGAGAAAGUCAAGAAUGGUGCUCUGGUCAUCGCGAGUAUUGCGCAGUGGACAGCCGAGAAAUGGGUGGUCGAGUGGGCGCGUGCUAGAGGCAAGGAGGCUCAGCUUGUCCGUAUUUCCCGCGAAGACUAUGACAAGCUCUGGCCGUGGCCGCGUUGGGCGGAGGAGUUCGCGCUCAUGAUGGAUUACUUCCAGUUUGUGCCUCCUCAUGACUGGAUCGAGCCUGGUGUUAAGGUUCUUACGGCGCAGGAUUUGGAUGUGCAGCCGGUGCAGACGAUGGAGGAGUGGGUGGAGAGUUAUGAGCUUCCUGAUCCUAAUUCUGUGACUUUUUGA